AUGGGCGGGGGUGUGGCUGGGCAGGUGGCCGCCGGCUCACCGGGCCCCGUUGUGGUGGGAGGGCCGGGUGACGCGGCCGUCUCACCGGCUUCCUCCCCGGAGCACCGCGCAUGGGUUUCCCCGGACCCUGCUAUUGGCGGGUCGCCCGUGGACAGGCUGCGGGCGACAUCGCCGCGUUGUUCUCCCGCCCCGGUGACUACGACCCGGGGCGCCGCUGUUGGGGGACAGGCAGGAGGCCUCUCCCCUAGCAGAGCUUCACGCGAGGAGGUCAUCGCCUUUGGCGGUAUCCCGGAUCCUGUCUCCCAGGGGAGGCGGAUCAGCGGGAGGCUGCAGGAGCAGCCGGACGUUGAUGACAUGCAGCGGAGGUGUGCUUUGAGGGCUGCCAAGUUGCGUGACGUCGAGAUCUCCACUGGUAUGUCUGUUAAUAAGUCGAAUUCCAUUUUGCAUUUUACUGAUGAUGAAAUUAUUCAUAAUGCAAAUCAAAUAGGAGUUUCACUUGGUAAUAAUGAUCUUGAAAUAUCCAAGUCGGUUAACGACAUUCUUGAUUUGGAAGCUGAACGUGCGGUAGAUAUGAUUCAUCACAUUGCUGCCGUUAAACCAAUGAACGACUCAGAGAUAUAUGCGCUUGGGGUUAAGGUUCUUGAUGGCUUGUGUGCCGAUCUUGACCCUGCACUACUUGAGACUGAGGAGGACACCAAUACUGAGAUGUCUCUUCAUGUAGAUGAGCCCUUAGUGCUAGAAGCAGAGAAUGAGUGCGGUGAUCAGGCUGAUGGUCACAUAAAGCCAAAACGGAUGUGGAAACGGAAGAUCCCCACAUAUCAACAAUUUAAUAAGACCAUUAUGAUGGAAGAAGGAGAUAUCUAUGAUUGCAUCAAUGUGAAUCUACAACCGGCUUUUAACCACCCAUUGUUGAAAGACCACACAAUUCAGAUGGAACCAAGUUCUUUUCCGAUUGGACUAAACAUAAAAUCUUUGUUCCCACAUGUCGUUUCACAAGCGCAUUUGUCUAUCGUCGAAUGCCCAAGAGGAAUGGUUCCAAUACUACGUAAUGGUAGAAGGGACCAAAUAUCAGCACACUUUAUAGAUCAAGUGAUUAACAAGGAUGCACAACUUGAGGAGGCAGGAAUGAAAUAUUUUGAUGAUUUAUAUGGGGUACAAGCUACAAUAAAUGUUUAUGAGCCAAAGGUGAAGAAGGAUAGCGGGGAUCUUAGUCAAACAGGGAUCCAAAUUGAUAAUGGACCAAAGGGUCAUAUGGACAGUAUAAAUGCUUGUUAUUCAGUAUCUCCAAGCUUCUAUGGCGAUACUUUUGCGAGGUUUCAUGUUGGUUGGCGCGAUGGUGUACAAAACAAGUCAUGCAUUGAUCAUGAUUGCCCUGGUUUUGUUCAAGUUAGCCACAAUGUUGGCCUUGGAGGAAGAGUAAAACCUGUUUCAGUUUACAAUGGACCACAAUAUGUGAUACACAUUCUUAUUUUCAAGGACCCAAAGACACAUAAUUGGUGGUUGGCGUAUGGUGAAGACAAGACACCAGUUGGAUAUUGGCCAAGUUCAUUAUUCACUCGCCUUAAGGAUAAAGGGAACUUUUCAUACACGGGUGGGCACGUUUCAGGACCGACAGCUUCAUCAAACUCUCCACAAAUUGGUAGUGGGCAUUUUGCCUCCGAUGGCUAUGGAAAAGCGGCUUUUAUAAAAGAUAUCCAAAUUAUUGAUAACAACAACAAGCUUGUAACACCAAAUAAAGAGAAAGUGCUUACUGGCAGUAGUGAUUUAAGGAAAUAUACCAUCAGCGAUUAUGGAGUUGAUGACCAUGGUGUGCAUAUGUACUAUGGUGGACCGGGUAAUUAUGUCUAA